CCAAAGUAGUUAGAAAUGAAAACCUUUUCCCAGUAGACCUCACAAAAACACAACUUCAAUCAUACAUAUAGAUCUGUUUUCCUUGUUUCUGAAUACUCACAAACAAACAAUGACUAAUAUUUCUAAUUUUCAUCUAUUAUUAUUACUCAUUUCAUUUUUAUUAUCUGUUUCUCAAUCUUUAAGUUCAUCCAUCAUCAACCCAUCUAAAGUCAAACAAGUUUCUUGGAAACCCAGAGCAUUUGUGUAUGAAGGAUUUCUUACUGAUGAAGAAUGUGAUCACCUGAUUUCCCUUGCUAAAGCUGAGCUGAAGAGAUCUUCGGUUGCGGAUAAUCUUUCUGGUGAGAGUAAGCUUAGUGAGGUUCGGACGAGUUCUGGGAUGUUUAUUGCAAAGAACAAGGAUCCAAUCGUUGCUGGCAUAGAAGAUAAACUUGCAACUUGGACCUUCUUACCAAAAGAGAAUGGAGAGGACAUUCAAGUACUGAGAUAUGAGCAUGGUCAAAAAUAUGACCCUCACUUCGAUUACUUCACCGACCCCGUCAAUGUUGCACGUGGUGGACAUCGAAUAGCAACUGUGCUGAUGUAUCUCAGCAACGUUGAAAAAGGUGGUGAGACAGUUUUCCCAUCAGCAGAGAAGGCUUCGCGUCAUCAGAAGACAUCAAAAGCAGAUGAUGAUUUAUCUGAAUGUGCGAAGAAAGGAAUUGCAGUAAAACCAAAAAAAGGAGAUGCGCUGCUCUUCUUCAGCCUGUACCCGACAGCAAUCCCGGAUGCAAUGAGUCUUCACGGUGGUUGCCCUGUACUGCAAGGGGAAAAAUGGUCAGCAACUAAAUGGAUCCACGUUGACGCAUUUGACAAGAUUAUUGAUAAAGGUGGGGAUUGCAAAGACAUGAACGAAAAUUGUGAGAGAUGGGCAGCAUUGGGAGAGUGCAAUAAGAACAAAGAGUAUAUGGUCGGAACUUCUGAACUUCCUGGUUACUGUCGCAGGAGCUGCAAGCUUUGUUAACCUUGUUUAUUCCCACUACAUGUAAGUCUCAUCUUGUAAUUUUUUAAUUUUUUAAUUUGCUGAUUUGUAUGGACUACCUUUCGUAACUUGGAUAUGUUUUAACACCGGCUAUUAUGAUGAUUAUAUGACUAUAAAGAUGUAUACGAGUUCUUAUAGCUAUCAACUAUAUAAAAGUUAUACUUCGUACCUAA